CCACUAGGGAACUGAGUUGAGGAGGGAGCGGCGGUCCGACGGUAGGAAGUCUCGGAGCGGCCGGACGGAGCUGGGUCGGGCGGCAGGUCAUAAUUUCAAGAUGCCUGGACGUUCCAGUUCAAAUUCAGGUUCAACUGGUUUUAUAUCCUUCAGCGGUAUAGAAUCUGCUCUCUCUUCCCUAAAAAACUUCCAGAACUGCAUCAACACCGGAAUGGACACAGCUUCUAGUGUUGCUCUGGACCUCGUGGAAACUCAGACCGAAGUGAGUAGUGAAUACAGCAUGGAUAAGGCGAUGGUUGAAUUCGUCAUGAUGGAUCGGGAACUAAACCAUUAUGUAAAGGCUGUUCAGUCCAUGAUAAAUCAUGUAAAAGAAGAACGUCCAGAGAAUAUACCAGAUCUGAAAUUAUUAGUGGAGAAGAAGUUUUUGGCUUUGCAGAAUAAGAAUUCUGAUGCAGACUUUCAAAAUAAUGAAAAAUUUGUACAAUUUAAACAACAGCUGAAAGAACUGAAGAAGCAAUCAGGGAGACCUACAGAAGAUGGAGGACGCAGUGAGGUCGACAAGAUUAAGGAUAAGGAAGCAAGUAGAGCAGGCAAUGAACGAGACAGAGGGAGUGCACUUUUGGAACCACCUGCCAGCCCCUGGGGGCAUUUUGAGCACAACCACAGGAGUCCGGGCCAGCCGUCCGUGGAGGAAUUGUGUCAUGAGCGUCCAGAGAGGACUUACUAUUGCAUAGGAGUUUACUGUUAUCAAACAUUCAUGGAGCACUUUGGGGACUUUGCAUAAAAAAUCUUAAGUGAACAUUAGUGAUUCAUUCCAUUGUGGUCAUUGUUUCAGCUUCCCAUCGAGGUGUUUUAUUAGUUGUUCAAAUUCCCACAACUCCAGUUUCAUGUCAGGUCUGUGACUCCUUCACCGUAAUGUUUUUCACGGCUUCAGCUGGUCCGAAAUCGCAGAGAACCGAGCAGGGCCUGCAGCGAUCUAAUAAGAUUAGACUGUCGAAACAAGAAGCACCAGUCUGUGGUUACAAGGUUUUCAAGGAGGGAACGUUAGAGCUCUGCUGUGAGAACCCCAGAAAAGUAAUAAAACACAUGAAGUUGGAAGCCGGUGUUUCUUUUUCAUUUCUGCUGUGAUAGGCGGGGCUUUAAAGCAGGGACACUAAAGUGGAAUGAGGUGUGAUUAAAUAGGCACGAUCGAUGCUAUCUUUCUACUGGGAAAUGUUAAUUGUUUAUGUAAUUAGUAGGAUGAGACAGCAGAAAGUGCUGGAAAUGUUUUGCUAGGACCCAGAAGGGUACUCAGGAGACCAGCUCCUAAGUGCCCAGAGAAGACAGAUACAUCCUUGGUCAGUAACUCAGACUAGAGUUGGACAGGUGUGAGAUGAGGGGCAAGCUACUUCACCUUUAUACUCCCAACUUCCUUCUCUCUAAGGUGGGAGCCGGAA